UAAUUUUCUGCUUGGUCGCAGGAAAACCUGACCGCUUUCGCCGCAGCUCAAGCGACGGCGUCUUCAAAAGAAGACAACGACAAAAUCAACAAAUUUGAAGAUGUCUACAACGAUAGCGGAUGGCGCACCAGCGCCAGAGGUAGCGGUGUCAAAACCUCUGGGGAUGCGGAAAAACGGCAAGCAAUGGCAUGCCCCCAAGAAAGCCUUUCGACCAGGAUCCGGCUUGACAUCCUACGAGCAGCGAGCGAAAACGAGAGUCGCACAAGCCGCCACAAAGGCAAAAGAGAAGGAGCUGAAGGAAGAAAAGGAAGCAGAGCGAAAGAGGCGGAUACAAACCCUUGUAGAGAAGCGAGCGGCGAAGGCAGAGAAAGAACGAUAUGAACUAUUGGCGGCAAAGAUGCACAAAAAGCGACUGGAGCGGUUGAAGCGCAAGGAGAAACGAAACAAGCUCCUCAACUCAUGAUCUGGAUCUUGGGCGGACGGAACAACAUCAGCUGGCAGCGGCGCAUAGGAUCGCUUCACAUCCCGGGCACGGCAUCCAUGGAUAAGAUCUAAAAUGAAGAUACAUGAUGGCUCAGUUGAAGGGAAGAAGGCCGGUAGACUCGGAGUGUUUUACCCGCCCACGCUUUCUCGACGCAUACGCCCGCAGAAAGGUUCCGGGUAGCAACAUCGAGGGUUAGCCUCAGAGCAGAAGCGGGACAAAGCCGAGUGUCGCCGAUCCAAGCCUCCGGGUUCAGGAGUGACUGGUAACUUAAUUAGUUAGUGCGGGCCUCUUGUGCAGGUUUGGUCUUGGUAGACCACCCGGGCCGUGCUGUCCCUAGUAUCUAAUACAUAACUACACUAGAGACUUUGCACGCAAGACAAGAAUUAAGGACCAGGAAUAACUGCACAGUAUGGUUCAGCC